UUUUAUUUUUUCUUAAUACAGUGCAGGCACACACUCAAUGCAUUUACAUUAGUCAUUCCUCAAACAUCCAUCUCAUACAAACAUGAUGAACAGUUUAAAAGCAGCUUACAGUAUUGCAGUGUAAAAUAAACCAAUGUGCAGUGGCCUGUAAAUGAUUCAUGUAGCUCCAGGCUCAGAUCAAUACAUAUUACAUAACAGAUCUGGAAUAAAGCUGGAAAUUGAACACAGACAUUAAAUGUACAGUAGCAGUUUGAACUUUAUGGGUGGAUUAUCAUUAAAAAAUAUAAAAAUAUAUUUGGUAGAGAACAUGUUGGGCAUUUGUGGUUAAAAUUAAGCCUAAAAUGGGCAGCAUGGUAGCACAGCUGAUAGAAUGUGUGCCUAAAUGCUCAGAAAAGUAGGGCUGGCUCGAUACCAAUACCAAUCGGAUACCGUCAUUUCUCCUCUCAAACAACUAAGCAGUGAUAAUACAUGUCUCAAUGCACCAUGGUUAAACUAGCUAUCUAAAUAAGAAUGCUCACACAGAACAUUUAGCAGCAUUUUUAGUUACAUUAACUGGACUUUGAAGAGGACGUCUGUGGCUAAACAGGAAUCAGUGUAGUUUGUUUUAUUUCAUAACACACAAAUAAUGGAUUAAUCGUUGAGGAUGUGAGAGAUCUCCAAGCCGGGACAAGAUACUGUAGGUUUUCUUUGUCUCAGCAGGAUAAUGCGCCCUGCCACAAAGCAAAAAUGCUUCAGGAAUGGUUUGGGGAGCACAACAACAAGUUUGAGGUGUUGACUUGGCCUCCAAAUUCCCCAGAUCUCAAUCCAAUCGAGCAUCUGUGGAAUGUGCUGGACAAAAAAUUUACUGCUGCGUCACCUGACCAAAUCUCAAGUGUGCAUGCAUGUGUGUGACACAGGUUUGCAGUGAUCUCCUUCAACACUAGACACCACUUUUGUCACCGUUCUUGUCCUGAUUCAAUACCACUAUGGAGGACUCAAUUGAGAUAAUCCUUCAGGAUAAAAACUCUCAAUUGCUCAGCCGUUAUCGGGACAACUGGGUUUUGACCUUCGUGGCAGGAGCUAUUUUCUCUGGUGUCUACAGUCUCGGGGCCAUGUUCUGUAUGCCUGGGCUGAAGGUACCUUUUCGGCUAAAGGUGCCAUUUUUACCUUCCACAAAAGAGCAGACCCAGAAUGUGAUGAAAUUGCUGGAAGGGAGACGAGGUCGGCUGGCUGAUUUAGGAUCUGGAGAUGGACAAUUUGUGUUUGCAGCAUGCCCAGCAGGGUUCCAGUGCACAGGGUUUGAGGUUAACCCUAUGCUGUUAGCCUACUCUCGAGCCCAAUCAUGGUGGAGAGGGAUACCACACACCCAAGCCUCCUUUGUAAAGCAGGAUUUUUUGGAAGGUAUUUAUGAUACUGACCUGUCGAAAUACACAAACGUGAUCGCAUUCCUGGCACCUGCUGUGAUGGAGGAUUUGGAGAAGAAGCUUCUGAGUGAGCUUCCUAGAGAUGGAUUUCCUUUUCCAAACUGGUUUUACACCUGCACGAGAGGCUCUGGACAGGACCAAGUCUGAGCAUACAAUGUUCCAGCUGCAUCAGAGACAAGAUCUACUACAUCCUCUUAGAAGACACAUAACCCAGCCAAGUCAAAUCCUACUACAGGGGUACCUAAUAAAUAG